AUGGCUGAAGUACGCAUCGCGCCUCAACAUCGUUCAGUCGAGAUCCUAGCGUCGAAGUUGCGACGGCGGCAGAUUGUUGGCUCGCGUGCUACGGCCCUCGAAACCCUGCUAGUCCUCCGUCAAGUUAUUUCGAAAGCUCGCUUUUCAAAUAUCGACCAGUUGGUAGAGAUCAUCAGGAGUGUUGGACGAAGAUUGGUAGAGGCCCAACCUAAAGAGCACUCCGUGGGUAACACCGUCAGAAAAGUCUUACACCACAUACGCGAAGAAUACCAGACCGCCACUCGAGGCACAUCUACGACGACGCAGACCUCAUUCUCAAUAUCCAAGUUUGUUCUACAAGGGCAGCCAAGAAGGCAGGCCACUGUGCCCAAAACUGAAAACAGGGGGACUCUAAAGGAGAACGAUCCUGAUGAUCCUGAUUCUUUUGCACGGGGGCUUAAGCCAGUACUCAUGGAGGCUAUCCAAGAUGUUCUCGAUGAGCUGGAGACGGUUUACGACAAUGUGGCAAAAAAUGCAAAGGAUCACAUACAUCCAGAUGAAAUUAUUCUGACCCUAGGAAUGUCAAGGACUGUUGAAACUUUCCUGAAAACAGCGGCGCACGGCAGGAAUUACACAGUGAUCGUAGUGGAAACAGCACCUUCAUAUUCGGGAAGAGAAAUGGCAAAGGCAUUGUCGCUGGCUGGGAUCUCGACUUUUCUUGUUCCAGACUCCUCCAUUUAUGGUCUGAUGUCUCGGGUGAACAAAGUCAUUUUGGGUGCACAUGUUAUCCUGGCAAAUGGUGGCAUGUUUGCUAUCACAGGCUCCCUUGUAGCGGCGACCGCUGCAAGAGCACAUAGUACACCCGUUGUGGUUUGCGCAGGCCAGUUCAAAUUAACCCCACUCUGGAAUCUAUACCAUGAAUAUGGGUCCCAUGACUUCGGCAAUCCGAGCGACGUUUUGGGUUUCGAAGAAGCGGAUUUAGUCGAUAAGGUUGAUGUUGUCAACCCUUAUUAUGACUACGUUCAGCCAGAUUUGAUUGAUGCUUUUAUAACAAAUGAUGGUGAUCACCCUCCAUCAUCAAUUUACCGACUACUGAAGGAGACAUACGAUGAUGAAGACAACGAGUUGUGA